CAAGAGUCACAUGCUCCUCCAGCUGAGCCAGCCAGGCACUCCCUAAGGUGAUUCUAAUGACCCAUGUCAUCCCUCUGCUAUGUCAAAUGUUCCCUCUGCAGGACAAUGCUUCAGGCAUCGCCUGAGUUACAAAGCCCACAGUUCCUACCAUUGUGUCCAGGUCUGGGUGUUUUGUAAGAUGUGUUGAUGGCCCUUUAAGAGGCGGUAGCUGGCUUCCGGUUGCCGUGGAGACAGCUGGACGCAGCCUGGGUAGCAGAAGGCAGCAUGUCCUCUAAACUUCAAUCCACAGUGCCCAAAGCCAAGGACCACCAGCCCUCAGCUGAAGAGAGUCUGCCAGCCCCAAAGGCCAAUGCUGAAGCCAUCCACUUCCUCAGCACCCUCGAGCAGGAGGAGCUGCAGAUGCUGCUGUUCUCUGAGACUCUGGCCAUGGUCUCGGACACGGGGGAGCCUCAGGGAGAGCUGACCAUUGAGGUGCAGAGACGGCAAAACAAAGAUGAAUUUGGAGUGAUGUCACACUGCCUCUUCGUGCACGCCUUUAGCCGUGGCUUCAUGGACAAGAUACUCUGCGGAAACUCCCUCCUGGGCUACCUCUCAUGGACACUGCAUGUCAUGGAGCAACAUAGUCAAGAGUUCAUCAAGUUCCGUGUCCUCCCCAUGGAGAGGAAGAUGACUUUGGUGAAGCAGGAUGACCAGCUGACCAUGACCAGAAGUGUCAAGGAGGGGGAGGAAGUCAAGACCGAAGUGACUUUUAUCCCAGGGAGCUCAACCAUGGGCUUCAUCUCCGAGGCUGCCAACCUGGUGUUGCUGAGGGUGAUGGCCUGGCGGCAGACGGUGCCCAGCAACGCCCGUUUCCUGGCCUUGGACACGGAGGGCAAACUCUGCUACUCCACUUACCAAGACCUGGGCUUCCAGAAGAUCCAGGUGGACCGCCAGCAGGUAGAGGUGUUCAUCGUGGAGCAGACGGUCCACUCAGUGAAAGGCAUCCCCAAUUCCUGCCAGUUCUAUCUGCUGUCGGAUGGGCACCUGGCCAAGAGAAUCCAGGUGGGUUCCCCGGGGUACUGCCUGGUCACCCAGAUGCCUAUCUUGAGGGAGAAGGAUGAGAUUGAGACUCGCCCCGUAUUUGAGAAGAAGCCCCUGGUGUGGGAGGAGGAUAUGGAGCUCUACUCGAGGUUCGUGGACCGGAAGGAGGAGCUCCGUCUCAGCCACAGCAGCUAUCUGCGACAGCACCCCGAGGCCCAGGCGCUCAUCUCAGACUUCCUGCUCUUCCUGUUGCUGCGCCAGCCCGAAGACGUGGUCACCUUCGCCGCGGAGUACUUCGGCCCCUUCGCGAAGCGCCACCCCCCGACCCCCGCCUUGCGCUCCUCCCACCGGCCCAGCCCUUUCCGCUCGCUGGACCCCCGGGACCUCUUCCACUAGGCGGGGCGCGGCGGGCGGGGACCUGCAGGAAGUCGGGCGGUCGCCGGGGACGCAGCGGGGAACCGGAGGGACUCACCCCAGAGGCGCGCCUUGCGAGCUGCGGGUUUUUUUUGGGGGGGGGCGGAAUAAAUUGGCCCUAUCCCCGCAGUUCCGCUGUGGGCGCGGGAACCUUCCCUGGCCAGA